AUGUCUCCCAUGUCCAUGAGACACCCAUCCACUAGUAGUAUUGGUAAUAGCCCUGCUGUUCAAGAUCAAAACCAAAAUAUAGAUCAUCCCAAUACUCCUCGAACACCUCACACACCUCAUACUCCGUAUACUCCACAACAGCAUGCUGAAAAUGAUCAAUCUAAUGGAAAUAAUGCAUCAAAUAACAGCACAAAUGAAGGGGGUGGUGGAGGAAAUCCCCGUCACCCUUUUAAUCCUAUACCAUUUUUGUUUGGUAGUUUUGGAUAUUUCAAGCUUGGCCUUAGAGGGGGAUCUCCCAUGUGGUCUAUUGGUAACAGUUAUGGGAGAGGAAAUCGUCAACAGGGGUCCUCAAACAAAGAAGCUGGUUCUUCUGAAAAUCCAAGACAACAGCCAUCUAGUUCUAGUUCCUCACAUACUGCAGCAUCAUCUGGAAGUAUAGUUUCAAAAGUUACUUCUCUUGUUUGUGCGGAUUACAAUGACUUUGAUGAUGAUAAUUCUCAUACACCCCCUCUCACCCCUUCCACAACAGAACUAGAACGACCUCAAGUUGUAGCUUCAGUGAGUGAAAUAACCUCUUCAGAAUUGGAAAGUGAACAGUUAAUAAUAAAAGAAGUUGAUGAAGAAGAAGCGGUUUUAGAAGAGGAUGAGUUAGAUGCCAAGAGCACAGAAGUAGUUUUAGAUGCUGGGGUUGGAGCCUCCACAUUGCAUGAUCUUCUUGAACAGGAAGGCUCUGUGUCUGUAGAAUUGCCAUUAGUAUCAGCAGAUUCAACUGACUUAGUUAUUGGACAUAUCUCUGAUGCAAUUGCUCAAGUAUCUCAUGAAACUGAGGUAGUAGAAGAAUGUGUUGUGGUAUCUAAUAUCCUGAAUCUUCCUGUAGAAAUAUCUGAUGAGGUUGAACGAACACUCCAGGAUCUUGAAGAAAAAGACAAAGAUGAUAUAAGCCAUGAAGAUGAUGAUAUGGAAACACACAUAAUUAUGGAAAUUGAUGAUAGGAAAGAUCUAGAAGCAGACAGUUUGGAUACAGUACACAAAAUGGUUGAAUGUGUUGAAGCAGGAGUUGCACAAAUAAUUAGAAAUGAAUCCUUGAGUAGAAAUCAAAUUGUGGAAAGGAUAAUAGAAUCAAGACCAAAGUUAGAAGGUGGAUUGCGUAUUGGAAUUGUGCACAGUUUAGGCCCCUUGCAAGAUGAAAAAAUUGUUGCUGUUACAGACACUCCUGAAUCGCCAGACCAGGAAGAAAUGAAUGUAGAUCCUUCUCCAGAACCAUUCUUGACAACACCUGAUGCUGUACGUGAUGAAGAUGAUGAACUUGUUCAUGAUCACAGUUUAGGAAUGGAAGCACUUUCACAAUCAGCUUCUGAUGGUGAAAUGGAGGUGGUUCAUGAACUACAUGCUUACGUAGUCGAUGAAAAAAAUGAAGAAAUUACUCUUGAACUAGAUAGAGAGGGAUUACAGUGUGUUGAAAAUCUCCCCAGUGUUGAACCAAAAGAAGAAGAACCUGAGGAAAUGCAGGCAGAGUCUUCUCUGGAUGAAUCUUCAGAAAAAAAAGAAGAAAAAACAGUUCCAUCUAUACCCUUCUGCUUACCUCCUAGUAAUCAGCUUCCACCAUCAAGUUUUCAUCAAGCCAACAUUGGUGUUCCAGGUGCUUCUCGGCCUGUUGUUACCUAUGCUACUUUGUCUCGAGUUACAGCACCAGAGAAUAGUUAUGGUACAGGUGUUAGUUUGUCUAUGUUACUAGGAUCGCAAACAAAAGAUUUGCCUACUGGUUGUGUUGUUGUGAGAUCACCAGCUACAACCACUGCAACAUCAGCCAUAAAUACUGUGCUUGUAUCGGCUAUUCCAUCUGAACAAAAAAGUCAGUCAUCUGAUCAGAUAAAAAACACCUCAUCUCAAUUAACAUCCCUUUUGUCUGGUGAUGUACAAGUGAAUAAUAGUAAUUCUGAUAAACCUGUCACUGGAUGUUCUGUUCUUCAAACUUCACUCACAACUCCUCCUACGAGAUCAACUGGUUCUACAACUUCUACUUUAUUGUCAUCUUCAUUAUCUUCUUCCCUUAGUGAAGCUAAACCUUCAGUAACAAUUGUAAAUGUUUCUUCCAUUACAUCUGGGACUACAAGGCUACCAACAACAAUGGAUAUCAUAAACUCAGCUAUUGUAUCAACAGUAACUCUUCCUGGUGGUUCUAACACAAGACCUUUGUCUUCAUCAACUGUUACAUCAUUGGCUGCUGAUGCUGUUAACGCAGCUCGGUUGCCAUAUCCUCCAGCAACAAUAAGUCAACAAGCUGCAUUGGGAUUGGUAACAACUGCAGGAAUAAGCUCAAUAACACCAUCUGGCAUUAGUGUUAUUGCUUCAGUUCCAAAAGCUACAGCAAUUCCUGAAACACGGAGCACUACUAUUACUACUUAUGUCCAGACUCCCAGAAUGGCUGUGCCCUCAGUUUCAUCUGAAAGUACUGAAAAGUUUCCUGUUGUAGGACCUCUAAUAUCAAGAAUUGUUACUAGUGAAAGUAAUGUGACAGAGAUUCAAUCCUCUCGUUCCUCUCUUGCUCCAGAAUCACUAGAAAAUAAAAUGACAGAAGGUGUGAUAACAAGAAAUCCUGAAGAAAAAUCAGUUAUAAAUACUGUUGAAGGGGCACGAAAGGUUGUUCCCCAAGAGAUUACUACUAUUCAGUCUGGAGAUGAGCAUGAGUCUUCCAGAACUUCUACCCCAACAGGACAGAUUUCCCAAGAAUCAAGACCAAGUGUUUUUGCUAUUGCAGAUAAAGCAUCUUCUGUUCCAGUACAAACGAAAAUAUCUAGUGACAUUUCUUCUAUUUCUGAUAUUGUGAAAGAUAGUGGAGAUAAUUCUGCUUUAUCCACUACGUCUGUUUCUCAAGUUAUCCGAACAAUUAGUAGUGUGUCUUCAGGAAUUAAUGAGACAGCAAAGAAAAGCAUAUCUACUUCCUCAGAUUCUGGUUCAGUGACUAUCUCAUCAGUUACAAAUAGCAAAAAUAUAUCAGAAUCUGUGGAAAAGAAAGAUUGUAUUAAAACAAUUGCAAGUGUAGAAGAUGUAAAAAUUUUAUCUUUAAUGCCGUCUUUGUCAUCUCCUUCAACUAUAUCACGAACUUCUCAAGUCACUUCAAAAACAGAUGUUCUCUCGUACAUUUUACAGAAAGGUACCAUUCCUAAGAAUCUGGAGCCCAUUCCCUCAGCCAAACCUGAAUUACCUAAAGGAUCAUCAAGCUUAGCAGCUUUGCUUGAUCAAGCACCUCAAAAUCUUACUCCAAUCUCCAUUGAAAAAUCAGUUGAAGCUGCAAUUGGUGAAUCAGGCCAUAUGACAAAAACCACUCUUGCCAGUAUUUGUUCAUCACGGCCUCAUCAUUCAGUUACUAUAAAGACAUCUGGGCAGAGUAUGCUUGAGAGUCGUUUGACCAGAUUGGCAGGUCCAAGUGUAUCAAAAUCUCAGGAAACAAAUUCUUCUACUGUGUCUGCAGUAAAUGAUGUGCCUUCUAGUUUCACUUCAUGUGUGAGUAGUACAGUUAAUUCUAGUGGUCGCCCAAGUGUUUCAGAACAUAUGGGAUCUGUGAAGAGAAUAAGUGUUGAGCAACCACUUGCUCAUUCUUCAGGACUUACAAUGGGAAUUACUACAUCAGGAACUACUAGUGUAUUAACAAAAAACACUAAUCAAGUGUCUCCCUCUGAUAGUAGUGUUUCAGAUACUCCUGUAAGUACUAGUGUGAAAGUUAGUGUUCCUCAGUCUGCUAUUAAUGCUGCUGAUAGUGUAUUAGCAUCUACAGUGUCACAUGCUCAGCAGUCAUCUAAUGUUCAAUCUCAGGUUGUAAAUAUAUCUAGUAGUAAUGCUUUAUCUUCACAGAUUCAGACAAAUCCAGCUUUCACAUUUGGUGUAGGUUUCAGUAAAAGUACACCAACUGUUGUUAUGACUCCCAUUGGCAGUCAUCCCAGUUCAGGUACUACAAAAUCUAGUCCCCCAACUACAAGAUUCCCUGGACUUCAAGGAAAUGAAACUACCACAACUGUGCAGAUAUCCUCAAGUAAUAGUGACUCCCAAAUAGUAAGACAACUAAGUAGUGGGCAAGUGAAGCAGGAAGAAGUUGCAAAGCCUGGAGGAGGUCAAUUAGAAAGAUUGAUUAAGAAGGAAAUUGUAGAAGAAGCUCACAACAGUUCAUUAAGUAUUCAGCAUCCUGUUGUAAAUAUUUCAGGAUCCUCUGGAGUAUCAGUAUCUGUUGUAAAAACUGAAGUUCCGUUAGUCACUAGCUCUAGUAAAUAUUCUGGAACAAGUUCUGUUUCUAUCUCCACAGCACAAAUACAGAAGUCAGAAGAAUCGCAGAAUGUGCUGUUAAAGCAGUUGCUUCAAAAUACAGCAUGUGCCCAGCAGUCAUCAUCUCAACCACAACCAAUAGCAACUAGUACCAUUAUGGCUCCAGUCACAAGCCAGCAUUCAGCUCCUAGUUUGCCUGUAGUGCCUUCUUUGGAAGCUCAGCUAGCUCAGCCAGUUCCACCCACUCCAUCAUCUCUAUUUACUCCUCUAUUGUCGAGUGAAGGUCCUCAAAGUCUUCAUACUCCAUCUCCUUUAACUUCCCCACAGGCCACAAUAAAACGAGAAAUGCCUCAAUCACAAAUUAGUCCCAUUGCUUUGAUACCACCUAAUGAAGUGAAGAAGGAAGUAAUGGAUGACAUGCCAACACAGAUUUCAACUCCCGAAAGAAAAGAUUUUCCUACAAAAAUAGAAGCUAAAGAUGAAAUAAAUGAUUUAGAGCUUACUUCAGAUAAAAUGUUGCAGGAUCAAGCUUCUCUUGAUAAAAAAUUGAAAAGAAGGCAGUAUCAGCAGAAACGUAGGCAGAGCCAGGGUAAAGAAGCUCAAACACCCAAGAAAAGACAGAGAAGACAAGGUUCAAAAGUGGAAGAGGAUUAUGAUAGCUAUAUUGAAAAUCUAAUGUCGCAAUUGAGACAGCUACCAGCACUAAGUGUACUGGAACCAGAAUUAUCUCGCAACUGGGCUGUGUGCCCAAUAUUUGGAGCUGGUGAUUUGACCAAAAUUGGUACUGUUAAAAAUUACAAUACAAGAUUAGGGGACUUGCGGGGGCAGAAUGGCAAUGCAAGUCUCCCAGGAGUGUCUGAUUAUUACAACACUCAACCUUAUGGAGAUUUGCCCCCCUUGCCUCCACAACCACCUGUGUCUACACAGCGUGGGUUUUACAAUGAAGAAUUUGCUCCUAUCAAACUAGAAAAUGAAAAUGAUGAUAAGAAAACAGACAGAGAUCGUGAUAAUGAUACACCUGAUACAAUAGUUAGUUCUUCAUCUCCAGAAUGUGUAAUUCCAGAUUUUCCACUUCGAUUUCCAGGACUUAGACUUAUUGAGGAAGAUGAUGAAAGCAAAGAUGAUGAUGAUCUGAAAUGGCUGAAAAGAGCAUCUCCUGUUAUUCCACUUUUUGCUCCUACUCCAAUUCGUUUGAAACCAGGCAUUUGUUUCAAAGAUUCACCUGAAGUGGAUAAAGAAAACAUUGGUGUUACACGUGACCAUCUGCAGUUGAAGUCGAAGUUCGGUAUGUCACCAUCUGCUCCCCUUCGUGACUCAGGAAAUGUAACAGUGACACUGACAUUAACAGCUGCAGCAGCAGAAGAUAUUUUAGGUGUUUUGCGUGAUUUAGCAAAUAUUUUACAUAUUCCUGCUCCAACUGGAUAUCAUAUUGUAGAAAGAACAAGUACUCCUCCAAGUCAAAAAUUAGGUCUUUAUAGAACUAAGGGUAAAGAUGGUAAGGAAGGAGCACCAAUUGACAUUCAGAGUAUAUUAAAUGGGGCUGCAAAGUUCUGUCGUCACUGUGAUGUUGUAAUUCUUAAUAAUUUGAUCAAAAAGAAAGCUAGUGAACUUCCCUUUUUAGCUAAAGAGGAUCUAGUGGAAAAUGGUGAUGAUUUGUAUUUCUGCAGUUCUACUUGUUAUAUGCAGUUUGCUUUAAUGCAUCGAUCACCAAGCAUCUCUGAGGAUAAAGUGCGUUCAUCACUGUUCCAGGCUGCUGCUAUUGUGGAUCAUCUUUGUCAAAAUCAGUCCUCAAAUUCACAAAAAGAUGACAAAGAAGAUAAUACAGAUAAAGAUGAUCAAGAUGGAAGGGAAUCAAAAGCAGGAGAUGAAGACAAAAUGGAGACUGAUCAAGAUGAUAAUGACUCGGUGAAAGUAGUGAUUAAGGAAGAGAAAGUGGAUUCUGAGGAGCAAAAAUCAGAGUCCAAAGAUGGUGACAGUGUAUACAGAGCUGAUAGAGGAAGUCCAAGUGAUACAGGUUCACCUCGGCUGGGGACAGAAAAGAAAGCACGCCGUGCAACAGGUGAUGAACCAAGUACCCCUGCAAAAAUUUGGAAAGGCCUGAAGUAUAAAUAUUGGAAUCCUGGGUCUAUUCAACCAGCAGUGAAAUACAAAAAACCUACGGAUAGAGAAGUUACUGAGAUGCUGUAUCGUAUGGGCAUCACAAUGCGACCUUCAAAACUUCCAGAUGAUACGCGCAAAUGUAUGUUCUGUCAUCAAGUUGGUGAUGGGGUUGCUGAUGGACCUGCAAGAUUAUUGAAUUUUGAUGUUGAUAAGUGGGUUCACCUAAAUUGUGCCUUAUGGUCUGACGAAGUCUAUGAAACAGUCAAUGGUGCAUUGAUGAAUUUGGAGAAUGCCCUGCAAUUAAGUUUAGUUUUAAACUGCGUAGUUUGUCAUCGUGUAGGUGCUACACUUAGAUGUUUUAAACAUCGCUGUUCUAAUGUUUAUCACCUUGCAUGUGCUGUUAAAGAUGGCUGUGUUUUCUACAAGAAUAAGUCAAUAUACUGUGCUGCACAUGUUCCCAAAUCAGAGAAAGACAAUGAGUUAACUACAUUGUCAGUAUUUCGGAGAGUUUAUGUAAAUAGAGAUGAAAAUCGCCAGGUGGCCACAGUAAUGCACCACACAGACCAAAAUAAUUUGAUGCGUGUAGGUAGCCUGAUAUUUUUGAAUGUCGGACAUUUAUUACCUCAUCAACUUCAAGCAUUUCAUACUCCUCAGUAUAUUUACCCAAUUGGCUACAAAAUUGUACGUUUUUACUGGAGCAUGCGUGUUCCUAACAAAAGGUGCAGAUAUGUUUGCUCCAUUCAUGACGUAAGAGGUCGUCCAGAGUUUCGAGUAUUAGUUCAGGAACCCUCUCAAGAUGACUUGGAAUUGCGAGACAUAACUCCUCGUGCUGUGUGGACACGUAUUCUUGAGCCUUUGGCAGCUUUACGGAAGGAAUUUGGUGGUGUUCAAGUUUUCCCACGUUAUUUAUCUGGUGAAGAUUUAUUUGGACUUACAGAACCAGCUGUUGUUAGGGUUUUAGAAAGUUUACCAGGUGUGGAAACUUUGACAGACUAUCGUUUCAAGUAUGGUCGUAACCCACUACUGGAACUUCCUCUUGCUGUUAAUCCCACUGGGUGUGCUCGGACUGAACCAAAAUUACGAAACCAGUUAUCAUGGAAAAGGGCUCAUACGCAGAGGACUGGUUCUUCAUCAAGACCAGUGUUUGUACCAACAGCUACAAUAUCAAAGAUUCAAGGACUGGGGCUGUAUGCAGCUCGAGAUUUGGAACGACAUACAAUGGUUAUCGAAUACAUUGGAGAAGUGAUUAGAACUGAGCUAUCGGAGUUGAGGGAAAAAUUGUAUGAAUCAAAGAAUCGUGGAAUUUACAUGUUUCGCCUUGAUGAAGAGCGAGUUGUUGAUGCUACGCUCUCUGGUGGUUUGGCUCGGUAUAUCAACCAUUCAUGUAAUCCCAACUGUGUAGCUGAGAUAGUGGAGGUGGAACGAGACUUACGAAUAAUAAUUUUUGCGAAGAGGCGAAUUGCCCGUGGUGAGGAGCUUGCCUAUGACUAUAAAUUUGAUAUUGAAGAUGACCAACAUAAAAUUCCAUGCAACUGUGGUGCACCAAACUGCAGGAAGUGGAUGAAUUAAUUAUGAAAUCUUAGUGCAAUACCACUAACUUUGAUACACAUUCCUAUAAAUUUACCCACCGCAGCUGAAAAACAAUGUGCCAUUUGAAUAUGACGCAGAUGUUGUUUCAAGACCAUUCACUUAUACACCAGGCUUUAUUUAAGUAUUAUGGUUUCCUUGUCUUAAAAUAUUUCUUUCUAGAGUGAGUUGUGAUAAGACUUAAUUCAGUUUUAGAUGAAUGUGAUACUCAAUUCUUCAAGGGAAUUUUUCCUUUAAUAGUCAGUUAUUAGUUUAAAAAUAGGCUUGAAAAAUCUACGAGAUGGAAAGGACUUGGUGUCUGCAACCAAUCCAUCUGUUAAUAGAUUACAAGCUGAUACAGUACCUGUACCAGUUCAUACUUUUCACAUAUUUAUUUGUAUAUGUUCCAUUUACUUGUGUUCUAGUUGAAAAGGCCAGAUUUACAAAGUACUCAUCAUGGGAAUGCCACAUUAGAAAAAAUAUAUUUUCUGUAAGUUGUGUAAUUUUCAUGUCCUGUUUGACUUCUAUAUCUUUGUAAACUUUUCUUUUAUCUUGACAUCUUUGUGUAAAUAUGAAUAUUCUUUUUUUUUUCUUUUCCUUCUUCUUCAAAUGAUAUUAGUUUCUAUGUCUUAUUAACCAUUUGCCUGAGGCUUUUCCCAUGAUGAUUUUGUGGGUACCAUUUUUUUAAUGCACUUUAAUAGUAUAUAAAACUUGUACAUAAUAAUUCAGGUGUGAAGCAAGUUGCUGAAUUGUAAAUAAUAGCACAUCUUACGAGCAUUGUUACUGUGGUGAAUGAUGUUCAUAUUGUAUUAAAUUUACAGGGGAAUCCUGUUUAAAUAUAUUGUGAAUAUUUGUUACUGUAUGCAGUUGAAUAGUGACAUGAAUUGUAAACAUAUUCAUAGUAACAGUAAUUUAGCAUCUUCUGUAUACAUAGUUGUUGAUUUGACAUACGUUAUAAAUCAUUGUUUGCAUUUAAAAAUUGUGUUGGGUGUGGAUUUUAAUGCUCACAAGAAUAAAUGAACAUGUUUUUAUUAUGCACAAUAGAACUUUACUGUAAAAACCUGUGUUUAUUGGAAUGUAUGUGGCAGAAAAUAUUCUUUAUUGUAAAUUUUCGUACUUGGAUGUUAAUGUGGCAUACUUGCAGUUAUGAAUUUUUAAAAUUCUACUUUUGAGUAUACAAAGAGCACGAGUAUUUUAGUAAUCGCAAGUCGAUCAUUUUGGUGUCACAGUUUCUGAUGCCUUAAUAUAGCAAGUAUUUGUUUUAAUAAUGUAAUUCAUUCUCACUUAUGAAAAGAGACCAACUGAAUAUUAAUAGAAAUUCACUAUUGCGUAUUGAAUAUUUUUUGUAUUGUGUAGUAUAGAUAACAUUUGUAUUGAACACUAGCUACUUGCCAAAGCUGAUGGAACCAAGUUUGUUGAAGCUUGUUUUAAGUCCAAAAUAUAGUGUUACAAGAAAUGUGUACUGAUUGGUGCAAUAGUUAAUUGGUAAAGGGGUUUUUGGUGAAGUUCUUAAUUUUUAUAUAAAUGCAGAAAAACAACAACAUAGUACAGCCUUAACUAAUUGUAUUGUAGGAAAUUGAUUGAAUUAAUCUUCUUUUCUCAGUUAAGUGUUGAAUGCAAAUACCAUAACAGUAUGAAAUAAUGUUCAAUCCAAUUGGUAUAUAUUGUAAUGUAUGGAAUUGCUAAUAUCAAAUGGCAAAACAGAAAAAUGAAAGAGCUUAAUUCAUUUUAUAUACAAUUUCAAAUACAUGAAAAGUGCUAUUAAAUCUUGAAAAGAUUUGCUGAAAUGAAAUUCAGAGUUAUGCUACAUUUGUAUGAACAUUGUUGUAUAAAAGGAUAUUUCUUGCAAAUUAGUAGUUACAAAUUUUGUCAGUUGUUUUGUGUUUACUUAUUUUUACAUAUUGUGUAUAUAUAUAUGUAUAUUUGAGGGAUAUUAUGAUGUUGGAAAAUUGAUUUUCUGGGAAGAGAGAGAGGAGUAAAGACGCCUUUGGUGAAUUUAAUAAUCUCCCAAACGUAAAGAUCUACUCUUAAAUUUGAAUUGAAAAGACAGUCUACUAUUUGGUAAUAAAGUUUAUAUGUAUUAUGUGAAAAGUUCUAUGGCUUGUUGAGAAAUUUUUCAAUUUUAUUUCAGUAUGUAAUUAAGCUAUUUUAUGAAUCUCGUAUUUUGUCAUGUUGAACAACCUCUCUUUCUUAAUAGAAGCAGAUAACUGAGCCACCUAGUGUUGUAGUUAAUUGAUGCAGUUUGUUUUACAUUUCAUUCAGAGAGCAAUUUUUUUUUUUUAUUUUGAUUUCCAUUAUUUAUUCGUGGUUGUGUAAUUGUAAUUACAUUUAUCAGAAAGGGAUUCACUCUCUGUAAAGCAGUCUUCAGCAAUGCCUGGUAACUGACAAGUUACUGGCCGAAUAAAGUUUUUAUAAACUUUGUACUACAUAUAUAUGUAAAUAUUGGAGCAAUUUUUUAUGUAAUUUUUUUAAUGUAUGUAUGCUCACAGUGGUUGAUCAUAAAAAUCCAUAUAAUUUUCAAGUAUGUAUUGUAACUCUUCUAGAAGAAUGGGAUAUUUCACACUUAGGAAAGAAUGAGUUUACUUGAUACAUUUAUCUUGCCAGGAAGUGUCAGGUAUUAUUUUGAUUCGUUUUGUUAUAUUUGAACAAAAGUAACUUAUUUCAAAAGUUCUCAGUUUUAUUCCAGUUGAUUUUUGCAGUUCACAUUAUAAAAGAAGAAAGUGAAGGAAAACUUAUCAGUAGAAUAUUCAUGCACCUUCCAUUUUUGCAAGGCUGCAUGCCCAUAGAUUGUUAUUUCACAGGCAGAUGCUAUCCUAUUUAAUUUAAAACAUUAUUUUAGUGUACUUACAGAAUAAAUGUGUGCCUCAAUAGCACAAAGCUUGGAAUGUGAACCAAACCUGCCAAGCUGAGGUGUUACGAUCAUUUUCUAUCAUCAUUUUAUGCAGUGAAAGGCAUGCAUGUUUUCCUAUUAUUCUAUUCAUAAUUUAAAUGCGAUAAAAGUUUAC